UUUGUUCACCUCGGCUGACGGCUAUAACAUGCGCGCCGUAAAGCGCUGGUCAAGUAUCUCGCAGUAGAAACAGACAGUCAGCUAGUAAACAAGUCCAAUUUAGAUUUUACUUCGCCAUCAGAUGGUAGCACCCAGCCUGACAAUAAGAAAACGCGUUCUUAUCACGUUACCGUACUUUAUACGUAUAUACGAAGCAUCAAUUUAUUUUAAACGACUGUUUAUUUAACCUCGACUAUCGUCGUGCCGUUAACAAAGGUUAAUUUCACUGACGCAAAAGCUUCCGCGAUCCAAUAAGGCGUAGAACCAGUUUUCCAUUAUCUAAAUUGCCCCGGUGUGUAUCGGGGUUUUCAAAAGCGUGGCGCCAACGAUCGUAUCGAUGCGAGAGCUUCGUAAAAAUAAACCGUUUGCGGCUGCAUUUUAUGAAUUUCACACGCGGACACGAAACGGGUCAGAGUGUCCGUGAUUUUUCGUCGCGACGCUCCGAAAAUAAUUUCAGACGCUGUCGCCUCCUCCCCUGACUACUCUCGCUCGGCAAAAUAAAUACAUACUUCCGUUUGAGCAUCAAUUAAUUUCAAUGUUACCGAAUACUGCACGGUAAUGUCCGCGGUUCAAGAAACUUGACUCCGUCUGGCGAACAUUUUACCGAGUAGGUUGCGUAAGAACAUGACCAGCCAAAGUUAGAUCGUCGAAAAUAUUUGCGGAUAGUCUACAUAAUAGCAGUCGAUGUCCGUUUAAAUCACGCGCGACGCGGUUGAUUCAGAACAUCGGCCUGUUUUGGGAACCGUCUCCAAGGGGUCUUCGAAACGAUCACCAGCCUCGGCCAGGUGUUUCGAACUCCCACCUGUACAACUCUACUUUGUAAGACACGCUAGUCGGCAGCCUCGCGGCGAUGAACGUGGCACAUCGGUUUCAUUCGCGUUUCCGGUGAUGCAUAUCGCUUGGCAAAGUGAACCACCGGCGCGAGGCGAGCAUGUUGCCAUUAAAGAAGCGGAAUAAACGAGAAAGGAGGACAGAGAACGAGGUAAAUAAGGAGGAGACUGCCAACCAAUCGUCGAGGACCACUGACAAGUUAAAAACAGCCGAAGGUUGUCCAAAAGCUCGCACCCGCUUUAUCUUAACUCGAAUAAUACGACCGUAGAAAGUAUGAUCGCGGCCCUGGAUCCGUUUCGGGCUCGAGUCGAGUCUUUGAUUUUCGUAGGAUGAUUUAUCACGAGUGCGUAUUGAAAAGUGGGUGUCGAGUGAGAAUUUACGAUCGCUUUGAGAGGGGAGGAUCAGAAUGAACCAAAGACGAAGCAGAGGAUCUGCUGCAGCGCGAGCACCCGGUGACGUUAUUACUCUCUAGUCCAUAAAUAUUAUUAGUGUUCGGUCCUGCAGAGGCGCUAACUCAUUGAGGGAAAGUCCGGGUUCGAGGCGACAGAAAAAAGUUUGAACAAGAUUCGAAGCACUGCAUUGUGAAAACAUAACGGGACGAUUAAUUGACGAAUGUUAAUUUAAAAGUUGACUUGUACCGAGUCAAGUGCACGCGUUGUUAAUAAAUAAAAUUAGUGCGCGGGAUUCGUUGUCGCAAGACGCAAUGGCCGACACGGAGAAGAAGUAUACAACCGAGUACGGGAGGUUGCGAAGAUUGACGAGCACCAUCGACGGCCAAAUUCGACAGAUAAGCUCUGAAUAUGGGCUCACGGAGGAUCAAGUCGCCGAAUUCAAGGAGGCGUUCAUGCUCUUCGACAAGGACGAAGACGGUACCAUCACGAUGGCGGAACUCGGGGUAGUCAUGCGAUCUUUGGGCCAGAGACCGUCCGAAACGGAAUUGCGAGAUAUGGUGAACGAGGUGGAUCGAGAUGGCAACGGUACCAUCGAGUUCAACGAGUUCCUGCAGAUGAUGUCGAAGAAGAUGAAAGGCGCCGAUGGCGAAGACGAACUGCGCGAAGCGUUUAGAGUGUUUGAUAAGAACAACGACGGUUUGAUAUCAUCGAAGGAACUGCGACACGUAAUGACGAACCUUGGAGAAAAGCUGUCGGAGGAAGAAGUGGACGAUAUGAUCAAGGAGGCAGAUCUUGAUGGCGAUGGAAUGGUGAAUUACGAAGAGUUCGUGACAAUCCUGACGUCGAAGAAUUAGUUCGGUGGCCACGGUUCGGACAAGAAGUUAUUCAGCUGCCGGAAGUCUUCGUCGAAGAAAUAAAAAUCAAACACGUGAAGUUCCUCUCCAAAAUGAUAAGCAAGCCGGUCAACCACCACGAACUCCACUAUCGAGUACAUUUUUAACGAGUCCGUGGAACGUUAGGAAUGCUGGAGAAUGUUUUAAAGUCGCUGUACCAUUGGUCCAUGAAGGAAGACAUCGGGUUAUUCAGAUAUCUUUCUUCUUACGAACGAAACGAAUGGGAAAGGAAGACUGAAAAUCGUGUCUCGAGCGGUGGAGUGACGAAAGUGGAAAAUCUAUAGGGAAUAGGGAAUGGGUAAGGGAAACGGGAGGGUGACUUCCGCAGUUGCACACGCAUACACGCAUAUACACCUAGCUCCCUGAAAUUAAUUUUACAAGCAUAAGCUAGCGAACAUUUUACGUGAAAAACGAGUGAGGAGCUCGCUCCCGAAACAAUCAACUGAGCUUCAUUUAGCGUUUACCUACCUACUACUAUUUAUCUAUACUCUCUAUUAAUGCUAUAACAACAUCGUUAUUGAUACUGUUAGGAAUCGAUCAGUCUCUCUCCAUACCAUACACCGAUCUCUCGUUUACACGAUAUACUUUUUUGCAUGACGAUCAACCGUGAAACGUACAAACGCUGGUCGUUGUCGAUGGCCUAAAACGUAUUGCGGAACGCGACAUGGCAUCGGAAAGUACAAUCUUUGCUUGUUGAAUCAAAGAACACUACGUUGUUGAGACAUAGUUAACGGUAUUUGCAGUUACGAUGAUGUUGAUACACCAUCACGUAUCAAUAUUUACACGCUGGGAUUGAGAUCCGCGGUGUGACCGAUCGAGAUACCGAUCGCACACCAUUCACUUUUAUCGCUUGAUCGGUAUUGUUCCUCCAAUUUCGUAGAUUCGCUUGUGAACGAGUCGAGCAUUUCAGGUGACAUUCGGAUUUCGUCGUUGAUAUGUUAACCGCGGGACUCGACGCGAAAGAGAGAUAGCUCUAUAACGAUCUGUCUUCAAAUUUAGAUGAAUGUCGUUGGAACGUAGAUUAUUCAUAGUUAUUUAACGAUACCCACGUGACAGAAUUUUUAGACGCAUGUUAUGGCUGUAAGCCAACGCAGUCGCUGGAAAGCAAAAAUCAAAGCAGAAGAACAGUAGCGACUUUUCCUUAAAUGUAAAACGUCAGUGGUAGUAUUUUUCAGUGACUUCAAUUGCUGAACGUUCUUUUUUCUAUUUAAUAUACAUCUGAUUUGUUUCCAAUUCAACUCGAACAGCUGAGAAAUCUUGUGAGUAUACACCCCUUGUUGUUAGUCCCGACGUAAGUUUAGGCUCUUACCUUGUCAACUCCCUUAAAUACUGAACACCGUCCACCAGAAACCUCAACAUUCAAUCCAACACCUAAAUGCCAACGUGUUAAUUACGUUGUCGUGCAUCCUUAGAUCCUUAAGAUAAGAAGCCACAGCCAUAGGUCACGACAUAGAGAGUAGUUAAUUAGCGCGUAGAUAGAAGAAGAAAUACGUACACGUAAUAAAAUCCAUUAUACACAUACCUAUUAUAUAUACCUAUACAUGGUGUUACACCCAAAGAAUACUUCAAGUAACGUUAUUAUGGAUAUUCAUAUAUACAUAUACAUAUAUUUAGUAUACAUAUACAUGCAUACAUACGUACAUACAUAUGUUAUAUAUACACACGUUAGCGAUGUACGUCGGUGGUAUACUGGCAUUGAUAUUUUUAUGGUUUUGAAAAAAUACAACAACCACGAGAAAAAAUGUUAGUGUCAGAGAGUGAGAGAUAGAGAGAGAGAGAGAGAGAAAGAGUGAACGUAAGUAUGAAAAUGUGAGAAUGUGAGAGAAAGAGGAGUGAAAGAUGGCGAGGGAGGUGUAUCUGGCUGGUUGGUCAAAGAGCGGAAGAGAAGCGCGUGUAUGUACAUAAUGAAACAUUCAGGCGGGGAAGAUACGGGAAAAUGGAAUACGUAAAACAAUAAGAAGAGCUCUUAUAAGCGUGUUUUUACAGACGGAUUCAUUUUGUGUCCUUAAUGAGCGUCGACGAAUUAUACGCGAAUACAUAUUCCGGGUCACACACGAACCAGUGAUCUCACAGAACAUACACAGGACAUACACGUAGCGGUAGACAAUAAUUCUGUUCUUUAGUUAGAUAAUGGAGCAUGUAAUUGCAUUGCGUUGUUCGAUUCGACCGGUAGGUAAGCUAAACAGCAGCUAGGGUAGCUAAAGGAGAGAAAUAUAAUAAAAGAGCUCGCUAAGUUGACACAAAAUAGUAAUGUAUAACGUCCCAAAGACAAUAUCUUAACGAUUUUAUUGAAAGGAAGCUAUUCGAGAUUUACCUCGCGAGAAGGCCUACGUUUUGCCACGUGUGUCUGAAAUGAUUGCGAAAAAAUUUGUUGGAGAAAGAGUAAGAGAAAUGUUAGAAAGUCGAGGUUGCAGAAAGUACGAUGAAGGUGCUGUUUAUCAUAGACUUCGUUUAGUUUCUUUUCUAUAACAUUAUAAUAAUGUUUACUGCUUACUGUUAAUGUGCACUCUUCGUUACAUAUUGUUUCACAAGUCCUCAGUUGUGAUUUCAGUAUCUUAGAUCUUUCUAUUUCACGUAUUAUAGUUUGUUAUUUGUUCCAUUGCGUUUGUUUCGAUGAAAAUUGCGACGGAUCAAUCGGUUCAUUUGGAUUUACGCCAUGCACGAGAUUUCAUUGCACCCUACAAACGUUUAGUUCGACUUUCCGUCUCGAGAAAUAACUAAUCAAUAAGAUAAUCUACAAAUGCUAGAACACAAGUACAAGAUAUCGUCAAUACCUGUACAUAUAUCUUUCCCAAAAAAGGUUGCCGCGUCAGAGGUCGCAUCAGGAAUCGCAAGCAUCGAACAACGGCAUUAACCGGAUACGCGAAUUGAAAUGAGUAACCUGUAAGUGUCCAUGGGACAUCGGGCAGUUUCAGUUCGUAACGCGAAACAAAACGCACAUUUGUCACGCGCGCUUGUAAUAGGUACCUCGUUCAUUAAUAUAGAACAAACAGCGAUGCCCUGAGACCUCUGAUUGCGUGCACGUUAUUUCGAAUCAAUUAUGUAAGUAUGUACUUGACCCGCCAUGCAUCUCCGCGACGAGAAAAUUUCCUAACUCCCUGCACGCGUUAAUUCCGUUCUUGCGGUUUCCCAAUGCUGGCAGGAAGUCCCUUCGAUUAAACCCCGACGUCCAGAGCUGCACUUGAAGUGCUUUCGGAAUGCAGACUUUCACGCGGGAAUGCUGCGGCGGCGAAUAGAGAGAGCUCUAUCAAAGUUAUCGUUGAUCAGUCCUACCGAAAAGUAUUUUUAUAGAAUACUCUUCGAGCCCAGAUCUUAAUGUACAUUCAGAUAACAUCGCGUUAUAUUAUAUUCUACAUAUUAAAUUAUUUUAUAUUACAUUCACGUGAAUGUAUACGCGCGUGUAUACAAAUCAUAUCGUAUCGUCCAACUCUGCUGGCAGAUUUUAUUAGUAGUUAUUAUACGUCUGAAUGAAGACCGAAGCCGUUUAACAGUUAAGCGUUAAAUUGAUUAUACAAAUGUCUCGAUGAGGAUCGUGCAAGUCUUCCGUUCAAUCGGCACUAUUCGAGCAUGUUUCUAGAAUCUAUUGCGCAUAGUUUUGCAACGUACUUAGUACGAUCAUGUUGUGUACUCCGGAGACGUUCAAUUUAUACUCAAAAUUAUUUCUAAAUUAAGCUGCACAGGUUACAUUAUGUGUUUAUAUCGUAUAAGCGUUGGAUGUUCGAAGCAUAUUUUAAUUGUUACGUAUGUCUGUGGAUCAGACUUGCUGAGAAAAAUAUUUAAAUACUAACUUAAUCGAAUAACUCAUUUCUUUGCUUUUUAAACGUACGUCCAAAAGAGAGAGAGAAAUGAUUAUAAUCCUAGCUUGUUGUUUACUCUUGUAACUUUUCAAAUAUUUAUAAAAUAUUGAUUUGUUGUAUUCGUUUCGAUCGUUCGAUACUAAUAGGACAAUGAGAAUGACACGAUACUGCGAAAUACUCGAGAUAGAUAAACGUUUGUAUGUUACGACUCACAUCGCGAACUUUUGUCUCUGUUUUUAGAUAAAAUAGCAUAUUUAACAAUCUGCGAGAUUUGAUAACUGUGACAUUAUCAUAGUUGUUUGAUAUGUUGAUGACCGAGCCGCAGUUCAGGUGAAUGUGGAGAAUGUUGGAGACUGUAUAAAACUUCUCUACUUGGAAAAAGUUAUGCUAACGUGACAGUUAUGAAAACCUGUGCAAUGCUUUACGUUCUUUAGUUUUAGAACCUUGUACAUUUCUUCAAGUUAACACGUUUCGGUUGGUUCUCGUUGCUUUAGAACUUAAUACAGAAAUUGAGCAGAGAAAAAGUUGCGGGACAUUCACAACUAGCGUGUUAUCAAUCACGUCCGUGGUCAAACUUGAAGAAAUGCGAGCUCGUAGCAGUUUUCGAAACGAGUAAAACCGCGAAUGACAAAAAGGGCAGGCGUAAAAGAACAGGGGGCACUUGAAUAGCAUUGCAAGUAGGCAAUACUAGAUGAUAUCAUACGAGUUGAAUGAUGCAAAGGUAAUCAAAUACUUAUAUGUACGUUAUUAUAUAGAUGUGAAAAAGAAAGAGAAAUUUGAUCAACUUAGAUGUAUAAUAAUUGUAAUUGUUAAAUAAGUGUGGCUAUGUUGUAUUAUACAUGAGACCAUUUCAAGCGGCAAAAAGCCCUCGAGAGAAUCUGAUUUUUUUUUUUAUAGCACGACGAUGACUCGAAUUGAUUUAUUAGUACGUCCGUUGGGGCUGACGCGAAAGAAUCCGCGCUUUGCAAUGACGAAUAAAGAAGAUUGCCACUAGAUGAUUUAAACAUGCAAGAAUACGAAUUAUCGUUCCGUUAGAUGUACCGAUUGCAUCGUUGAAGCCCGAAAGAUUGAUGAUUCGUUGAUUAGAGAAGGAAUUUGAUGUUGCAUGGUCGCAUUACGCUUCUUCCUAGUCGGAGUUUGUUACGUGGCAUUGUUUAGGAAUUAUAUAAACGCGGCCAUGGCAAAAGGCAAAUCGCAUUAAUCAAAUCGACGGGAAUAGUGUCAGACUAUGAAACUUUAUCAUUGCAGCGCGAAUUUACUAAUCUGUUGAAAUUAUAUACGAUUUGGUUUUACACAGCAAAUCUGGAGAAAGUUGGAAAUUAUUUUUAAUAUAAAAAGGAAAACUACGUAUUUUAAUUCUUAUUUUAAUUUUUCAUUCAGUUUUUAAUUUUACAAAAUUAAAUUGUAUUUACAAAGAAAAUGAUGUUGUUUGUGUUGCAAAGGAAUUUUCUUACGUGUCCAGAUACCACACGCGCAUUACAGCUGAACCGUCGCUGUUACUGUCGUAACUUUUCUUCGAUUUGCCUAAUGUGCAGCGGUCUAACGUACAUAUGUAGUAGCAUUGCAAGUAGGUAAUUCAAUAUAUCGUUACAACUAACGAUUCAAAUAAAAUGCCAGUCAUGAAUAAUUAUUGUAAUAAGAAAGCGUCUUUCAUUAAUUUAUUAAAACAAUCGCGAGUACAAGUCAUGUUAGCUAAAAUGAAUAUACCCGCGUAUAUCCGAUGUUAGAGCGAGUUGAAAGGAGAACCGUUUGAUAGGUCUUUGGUUCUUCGUGGGGUGCAAAUAACUUUAAUAGGCAACAGCGUAAUGAAGAUCAGUGUAAGGCUUGUAAAAAUGUAAGAAGGACGAAGAUUAUCUAUGAAAUGCAUUAAGAGAAUAACGAUAAGAACUAAACCGAACGUGAUUCCAUCUGAGAUAUUGCACUUUGAAGGAGAAGAUUUAUAUUUUUACUUGAGAAAAAUAUUAUGAUAACGUUUGUAAUGUCUAAUUCCCAUCCGAUGAGGAGUGUUUAUAACGUUAUUUUUCUAGAGUACCUAUAUGUAUAUCUAAAUACUUAUUCUUAUGUUAUGACGAAACGUGCUUUCAAAGGACAGGCAAGCAAAAUCGUAUUGUAGGUGUAAUAUACAUACGCGUGUUUACUCUAGUAAGUAUUGCGUUCACUUUCGUCAUUUUGAUUGUUACUCUACAAGUAGCGUGUACUCUCGCGAGUGCUCAGGUGUUAAGUGCACAAGCGAUACAAUGUUUCUCGUGGUGUUCAUUACGAUUUUACCACUGUAAAUAUUAUUAUUUGCAUCUCUCUAACAGUAAGUUAAAUACCAAAGUGAAACUCAAUGACUAAUUUCGUUUCCACGUAAAAGGUAUUCAUCUUGAAAUAUUGCAAAGACUAUCGAAUCGGCUGUUAACGCAUAUGAUAGAAAGCAAAGAACAUUAUAACAUGGGCCAAGUUCUUUAAUUUCGUUUCAUAGCACUUGGCAUUUGGUUGAAAGCGACUGGGAUUGAAAAGAAAACGCUUUGAAUUUAGUAACUGAGAACUUUAUUCUGCGGUUUGUUUAAUUUUUCUGUCAGACACGGUCAUUUAUUAAUAUGUUCCUUUGUAUAUACUUCAAGAGAAAGAGGUUUUAUUUUCCGACUGUGGUACCUGCGAUUGGUGGUUGUUACUCAGAUUUGUUCCACUCACGUUUCGUCGUAAAGUGGAAAAACGGGAGUGCUGGAAAUUGUGGCGAGAGUGCAGUAUGUAUGGUGUUAGCUGUAUGAUCAUGUUACGUGUAAUGUUAUGUAUUGUAAGAUUAGAAUACAUCAUUAAAUGGUGAUGGCGUGUACUACUGGAAUGUAAUACAUGUAUCAAGUUAAUCAUAAAUACAGCCAUUUUAUAAUGGA